GUCUCCUCUUACCCUCGUGGGCUAGGAAGAGUAACUGGAUUGCUGGUAAGAUUAGGAGACUGAUGAAACUCCGACGGGAGCAGCCGCGUCCCAUGGCAGAGGGAGCCGGCAGCAGCAGCAGCGAGAGCCUGGCAGGGCCCGAGGAACAUGGGCCCGAUAGUAGAGCAAGCAGCCACGCCAGCCUCCCGGAGAGCCCGCCAGUCCACUUCCGCCGUUGCCGUCUGAGUUCUCGGAUGCCGGUGGCGGAAACUUCGGGGUCCGGGGACGAAGAGGGCCAGGACACCCCAAGACAGCGUUUUCGGCAACGCCGAGUGGGCGUGCUGUGGGGGUCCCUGGAAGAGCCUGGGGUUCCCACGAGAGAGUCAGGACCCCCAAGCCAAUUGCCCACAACCAGCGAGGAGGAAAGAG